GGCAGAUAAAAAUAUCACCUCGUCAGGGUUUCACGGCGGAGAAUCAAAUUCAUUUACCUAGGAAGCUUUCACUAUCACCGGAGACUAUUUCAAUGGCAACCAUGGCUAGGUCGUUUUUGCAGGCGAUAUCGAAGGAUGAGGCGGUGGCUCCUCCGCUUAGAGUUGUUCAGAUCGAAGGACUGGCUGUGCUAAAGAUGAUCAAACAUUGCAAGGAGUUUGCACCGACCCUUGUCACAGGACAGCUUCUUGGACUUGAUGUUGGUAGCGUCCUUGAAGUUACCAAUUGUUUUCCUUUCCCGGUCAGGGAUGAUGAUGAAGAAAUUGAAGCUGAUGGUGCGAAUUAUCAGCUUGAGAUGAUGAGAUGUCUGAGGGAGGUUAAUGUUGACAACAACACUGUUGGCUGGUAUCAAUCUACAGUUCUUGGUUCGUAUCAGACUGUGGAACUGAUUGAGACCUUCAUGAAUUACCAGGAGAAUAUUAAGAGGUGUGUGUGCAUCAUAUAUGAUCCCUCUAAAGCUGACCUAGGCGUCCUAGCUUUGAAGGCUUUGAAGCUUUCAGAUUCCUUUAUGGAGUUGUACCGAGGCGGAAACUUUACUGGCGAGAAGUUGAGAGAGAAAAAUUUCUCCUGGAUGGAUAUUUUUGAGGAAAUACCUAUCAAGGUUUCAAACUCUGCACUUGUCAGUGCCUUUAUGACCGAACUGGAGACAGAUACACCUGUCUCACAGGGCGAUUAUGAUCGUCUACACUCAUCAACAACUCCUUUCCUUGAGAACAAUAUGGAGUUUUUGAUUAAAUGCAUGGAUGAUUUAUCUAUGGAGCAGCAAAAGUUCCAGUAUUACUACCGGAACCUGUCUCGUCAGCAAGCACAACAGCAAGCCUGGCUCCAGAAGAGAAGGACGGAGAACAUGGCUCGUAAAUCAGCUGGAGAAGAGCCUUUGCCCGAAGAGGAUCCUUCAAACCCAAUCUUUAAGGCGAUCCCUGAACCAUCAAGGCUAGAGAGUUUCCUCAUCACAAACCAAGUCUCAAACUUCUGUGGCCAAAUCAAUGGAGUGGCUGGCCAGAACUUCAGCAGGCUUUACCUGACCAAAGCAUUGCACGAAAACUGAUAGCAAAACUACCCAAGUUUUUUUUUUGAGUCGAGAAAGUGAAAGACUUGGUGGUAGAACGGAUCCUAUAUUUGUUUUUCCUGGAUGCUUUUUUAUUUAUUUUGUUGUGAAGUAAUUGAAACUACAAACUAUAUGGAAGUCAUCUUUUUAUGCAUAAUGAAAAAUUAUUGAAAUU